GACUAUUUCUUCGCGCAAAUUCUUUUGCCGGUCCAGACGCUUGUCUUUAUAGCUGGCGCUUUUUUUGCGAGAACACGACGCUGUGCGACUCAACCUCCCCAACACGCUGUACGGCUUCUGACCCUCGGCGCUGGCCCUGCUCAACGCAUUGUCUUUUCCGGAAAGCUGUGCUUACGGAGCCACAAGCACAGCACACAACGUACACAGAGCACGAUCACCAGUGCACAUUGCAUUCGUUGUUUCUUUACACACACACACACAAACGCACACACCUGACCAGCUUCAUAGAUAACAUUUUUUUCUCUGCUUUUUGACUUCCGUUUUCUCAAAAAAAAAAGCUGCACCUUUUUUUCCCUUGGAAGCAGCAAGUAGAUUUCUUUAGAAAAAGAGCGAGAACACUCUUCUCGUGUCAAUAAUGGCGGAUGCUUUGCUUGCAACGGUCAGGCGGUACGAACUCCGUAGCGGCCACUACGCGGGCGAUGUCGAGGAAGAGGAGAGGGAGGAGAGCGGAUCGGCUACAUCGGAGGAGUCGUACAUCUCGGAGGGAGAAGGCGCGCCUGACCUCGUCGUCGAAGCAAGCCCAUUCCAAGGCGACGGCUCCGACGGGCGCAUGACCAAGGAAGACGUGGACGCUUCCUUCUUCAGCGAUUACGAGGCAGAAGCGCGCUCAAAAGCCAUUGCCAUAGCACCUCUCACCCCACCGCCACCGCCACCGCCACCGCCACUUAAAAAGAGUUCGCUUGCAAAGCGCACCAACGGUGGCACCGAUCCACUGCCGCAUGGCGAGAAGAGAGAAGUGGAGGAGGAGGAGCUGCACGACGGGGACGCCUUUUAUGAUGCAGAGUACGCAUCCAGCUUGGGGGAACAGAAGAAGAGGAGGGGGUCCUCGCCGUCACCGACGCCGGAGGCUGCCGUCCAAUGGAAGCAAGGCAAGGUCCUCACUACUUCCUCUGCUCACCACAACGGCCGUGCGAACUCGUGGCUGGAUCCGCUGCGUUCGCUGUCGUCACCGCCGCUGGACGUUGACGUCGACCACGACCAGUUCGGGCGGUUGUUGUUGCGUGCACCGCAUGGGCUCUCCGACUCUCCGCGGCGCGGCUCUGACUCAUCCCCUUCUGCACCACGCAGCAACACGCCGCGGUCGUAUGUUGGCGCCCCGCCCGCCGCGGUGCGAGAGGGGACCGCCGCCCCGUCGCCACCUUUCCACCCUAUUUCUUCGGUGGAUCUCCCUGAUCAGCCCAGUUUUGUGUGGGGCUCGCACGACUCGCCGAGGAACGCGCCGGUGGACGUGGUGAAGGCGCUGUCGUCCACUGCGACGGCGCAACACGGAGGCGGCGCUCCAGCAAGCAAAGGCAGCCGGGCCCCGCUUCCCUCACCACCACCACCACCACUUCAGGGACACCAGGCAAACCGUCGAGCUGCGUCUACAGCCGACACGCAGACGGCGGUGGUCGCCUCUACCCCACCGCACAAACCUCCUACAGCUGCCGUUUCAUGGACCGACGUGCCGACCUCAGCGGAGACGGUUGUGCGCGCGCUGGUGCCCGGUCUGCACCCCCUCCCAACAGCCGUUGUCACGGACGGCUCCACGGGGCAGAAACGCGUGGUGCGAGAGCGUGCCCCGCGAGGGGUGCCGCUAUUGCUGCAGUGCACCGAGCACGCCGACACCCCCACGCGCACCAUCGUGAUUCCCUCCGCCGCUGAGGAGAAGGCCAGCGUUGGUGGCGACGAGGAUGAAGAGACGGUGAGUGCGGGACCGCACACCAGCGCGUACCGCGAGACGAGUGGGAUGUCAGACCUCAUUUCCUCCGCCUCUCGCGAGAGCCCCGUCAGGUCGGCCAAAAAGAGUGUCCGAAAGGAUCUGAUGCGGCACACCCCCGAGAGGGCGGUGGACUGCCGUCGCCGCUCGGGGCGAUCUAAAAGCCCGCGCGUCUCCUUCGUGGACCACCUUCCAAGUGGUGCCGACGCCGCAUCCACGCCUCCACAACACGAUCUGCCUCCUUCGUUGCAUCGCUUGUCUCCUUCGUCGGCCUCGUCGACGGACACCGAAGCGGAUGCUUUUGCACCGCCGGAGUUGGUGGAUUUCAGCGUGCUCACCGAAGCAAUGGGGCACAGUACCCAGGAGGAUUCAGUGGUCUUGUGCGGCUUCUCUGUUGAGUCGCUUCCCAUGUCUGCGGGAGUUGUGCGCGCGGACGAAGAGAGUCACCCCUCUCGUCCCUGCGCACGUGCUGCACAACAGCCGCGUCUAGCUCAUCCGCCGACGGCAUCGCGUAGGACCCUUCGCACCACCGACGCACCCCACGCAGAUGCGUCCUCCAUCGUUCAACCCCCACGUGAGGCGUACGCCUCGUAUGCAGCUCCCCAUUCGAGAAAUCAGCCGGAGGCGGGGCAGGCAAAUCCGUACGCGUUACAGCGACCGACACCGGCGCUGGUGCAUGGAAGUGCGCGGCACGAUGACCGCAGGCUCCCCUGGCCUUCACGUGAGCUGGAAUACCCGCCUCCAGCUGCGGAGCCAAUCGCCGCCCCGGCCACGGUGCGCACUACAAAAGAGCCUUUGAAGGUCGUCGACAUUUAUCACACGGUCGAUUCGGUGGAGGAAGCGGUUGUGGGAGAGAGUGCGGAUUACGAGUACACCACAUCAUAUGCUGGACCAUACAACGCGAUGCAUUCGAAUCCCACUGAUGACACGCUUGGUGCAAUGCAGACGGCGGCUACCCCCACCUCCGAGAACAGGUAUGACCCGCUACAGCACCGACGUCAACAACGGGAAGCGGUGCGCCAGCUGCUUGCUCGACAGACGGACCCGCAGCGCCACUCAACAUCUCGCGCUCAGUCCGACGACGACACUGAAAUAGAAGGGGACACAGCUCCUCAACAGCUCUCUUCCGCUGCUUACGUGCUCCAGCAAGAGCGACUUCGCGAGCAGCGGAUGGCAGCGGAGACGGAGCGACUGCGGCUCGGGCUAGCGCUGGACGUGUGUCAGGCCGUGCGUCCUUACGGCCGCGACCUCCUCCUGAUGUUUCUGCUACUCGUGGAGGAGUCGAACGCGUCGCUGCGCCGGCACCGGCAGAGCUCAAAAACUCUCAAGGGCAGCUCUGACGCGUUUGCAGAUACCGCACCGUGGACAGAGAGCCGUGUCCGCUACGAGAUGUGUGCGGAGGCGGUGAACUGUGUGCUGGCGCGGCACGGCGUGCGUUCCGUCCGAGCCACACGAGAGUUGUGCCGUCGUGUGGUGACCUGGUGCGGUCGCAAUCUGCAAGGUUCAUCCAGGUCUUUUGAGGCGUCUUCAGCUUCAAUGGACGAGACCCUGGUAGAGUACACCGCCUUUGUUUCGUGUGUGAUGGAGUUCGCAGCGCAGUACCGCAGCAACGCCUCGUAG